CUCCCCCUCUCCUGCCCGGUCUGUGCUCUCUGGUCGGUCCGCAGUGCACAGCUCGUCAGGCGGUGAGGAGACCUGGACUGAGUCAUUAACAUCAGGACCGAGGAACCGUCUGAGGCAGCAUGAACCGGGGAACCACCGACACGCUGUGCAACAGCAGCGACUACCUGGUGUGCAGCAACUGUCACAAAGUGCUAAGGAAGGAUAAGAAAAUCCUAAUUCCUCAACCUGCAAGAGGACCAAGUGCCUUUAUACCUGAAAAAGAGUUUGGUCAAGCAAACGAUGUGGAUAAAUGCAUUGAACGGCUGGUGGAGGAAUAUUGCACAUCUGGUCGUAUGGAUAACAUCACAAAAGUCAUGAGUUUACAUCCCCAAUAUCUUGAGUCUUUUCUCCGCACUCAGUUCUACAUGCUACGCAUGGAAGGACCCCUUCCAUACCAUUACAGGCACUACAUAGCAAUUAUGGCUUCAGCCAGACACCAGUGUUCAUACUUGAUAAAUAUGCACGUUGAUGAGUUUUUGAAUACCGGUGGAUCAUCGGAAUGGUUGAAUGGUCUAGAAUAUGUUCCUCAAAGGCUAAAAAACUUAAAUGAAAUAAACAAACUUCUAGCACACCGACCCUGGCUGGUAACAAAAGAGCACAUACAGAAUCUGGUAAAGACAGGUGAGAAUAACUGGUCGCUAGCCGAGUUGGUACAUGCAGUGGUUCUGCUGGCUCAUUAUCAUGCACUGGCGAGUUUUGUGUUUGGCAGCGGCAUCAAUCCAGAGAGAGAUCCAGAAACUUCGAACGGGUUCCUCCCUGUGGUGAAAAACAAGUUUUGUGUUUGUGACCUUGCCAACGACAACAUAGACAACACGUGUCUCACAAGCAACAAUGAUAAGAACAUGGAUUAUGAAAGUGAAAUAGAAGUUUUAAUGGAAAAAAUGAAAAAACUCCAAGAAGAAAGAGAAGAUGAAGAGGCAUCUCAAGAAGAAAUGGCAACGCGUUUUGAAAAAGAAAAGAAAGAAAGUCUUCUCGUUGUUUCAGGAGCAUUUGAUGAUGACGUUGUUUCAAUGUCAAGUGUCUCACGUUAUAUUGAAGAUUCUGGUUUUGGAUAUAAAGAUUUUGCAAGAAGAGGAGAAGAACAUCUACCUACAUUCCGAGCACAUGACUACUCAUGGGAAGAUCACGGCUUCUCCCUGGUGAACAGACUGUACUCAGACAUUGGGCAUCUUCUGGAUGACAAGUUUCGUAUGGUUUAUAAUCUUACUUAUAAUACUAUGGCUACACAUGAGGAUGUCGAUACGACCAUGCUACGGAGAGCAUUAUUUAAUUAUGUUCACUGCAUGUUUGGUAUUAGGUAUGAUGAUUACGAUUAUGGGGAAGUUAAUCAGUUACUUGAGCGAAGCCUGAAGGUUUACAUUAAGACAGUGACCUGCUACCCUGAGCGAGCAACUAAACGCAUGUAUGAUGGCUACUGGCGACAGUUCAAGCACUCAGAGAAGGUUCAUGUGAAUCUGCUGCUGAUGGAAGCCCGUAUGCAAGCCGAACUUCUCUAUGCCCUCCGUGCUAUAACCCGACACCUGACCUGAUGAAUUUCUCAGGGCUUUGUUACAAAUGUAACGUCACUUUUUCAAUUAGAUAGCAACUGAAGCCGUCUGUGAUGUAGCAUCAAACAUAUAUGCAUUUCUAGUGUCAAAGUUUGCCCAUAUUUUGCGGCAGUAAUGUGCAAUGACCCGUGUCCUUCUUUUCUUGAUGCUUAGCAUUACUAAUGUUAGCUGAAAUUAGCACUACUUUUGAUUAUUAUUAUUUUUUUUAUGUUAUGCAGUAACUACAAUGCAUAUAUUUUCCAACUGAACAGAGUUUAGACAAAGGGUUCCUAAGUCUCAAACUUUGUUUUAUAAUUUUUUUUUUUGUUGUAAUUUUUUUGCAGAAACCUUGGUUUGGCUUUUUAUAGUUUAUUUUAAAGCUUUGUUUUAUAUAGCAGAACUGAAAAAAAAAAAACAGGAAAAUAAGCUGUACUCUGUAAUUAAUCAGAAAUACAUUAUCUGAGCACUUUAACUUUUUUGGUGCCAACGAAUGGAUAAAAAAAAAAAAGAAAAAGAAAAAAAGAAAAGCGUAUAUAAAAUGGAAUUUAUAGCUAUAUUCAUAUUAGUUGCGAUUGUAAAGAAACUGCAUCAGCAUUCAGUGAACUUGUGCUAGUUUUAAUGUUCUAACUAUUGCUGCCAAAAAUGAUUUUUUACAGGACACUAUUUGCCUGUUUAAAAACAAAAAUGUGAACUAUGUCAUUAUGCUAAGACAAAUUUUGCAGCAUGCUACUGAAAUGCAGAGCUCUGCUAUGUAUAGAUAUUUGUUCUCACUCCUGCAAAGUGAUAUGUUUUUUUGUUUCAGUAUUUAACAAUUUUUCGCUAGUCGUCUACUGCAUAUCCAAAAGGAUUCCAUUCUUCAAUCCUAUUUUUUUAGUUUUAUACCGUUACUAAUAAUUAAAUGCAGCAGCAAUAUUUUACACCAAUCAAGACACAUUACAGCUUAUGUUGUAAUCUGAGGAAAGCAAGAAAAUCCAAAAUGAUCAUUUUAUGCAACCACUGUUUGUUUAAAGGGUUCCAAAUAAUACCCAAUAUGCAGAUCUCUGCUCAAACUGCGGUUGGAUGUUUCUGUUUACCAAAUGUUUCGAUGUUGUUUUCGUUAAUGGUCUCCAGUUCAGCUCAAUCAAUUUGCCUUUUGUUUUCAGAUUGCUACAUGCAUAUUUUAAGGUUGCAGCUCCCUGUAGGACCAAAAUGAAAUAAUGGCACAAUGUCAAAAAUACAUUAUUUGUUGGUAAUCAAUGAGUCAAAACUAAAACACAAAAAGUGUUUAAUAUGCUUUUUUUUUUUAAAAGAUCUCAACCUUAAUAUGUGACACAUUUGUUGGUCAGAAACAUAAAGUCUAUAAUAAUCAAGGGAAGGCCAUAACAUUUAUAGUAACUGUUUAGCAUUACAAAGCUAUUUUAAAAUUGUAUUAAAUGCAUUUGCACUAUUUUGUAUUUCAUUUAUUUUGGACCUUUGAACAAGCCAAGUCAUGUGUUCAGUUUGCUCCUAUAUGGGACUGCUCCAUUCUUUAGGCCCUAGAGGGCCUGCAGUGCCUUCAAAUGCUAAAGUGCUACAGGCCCUUGCAGCGCCAAAGGUGUUAACCCCCUUAACUGUCAGGGGGGGUAAAAAAACAGGACCCCCCUGGCAGCAAUGGGUUUAAAUAAGUCAUAACCUGACCAAAAAUAGUUUUGCACAAUUUCUCCUUUUCAGCGUUUUUAUUUUCUUUUCCUAUGCGAGUGAAGAGAAACUGAUGUACUUGACCGGUCUGUUUGUUUUGUUAUUUUUUUUCUUAGAAAUGUUUACUCCAAAUAAUUUUACCUUUAUUCAUAAGUGUACUAAUGAUAGCUCUAAACUGUGAUUUUAUGUAUGCGUUGUUGUAAGUGAACAAAGGUAAAGUGCAAUAUUAACCUAAAGCAACAACUUGUCUGAUCCACCCCUUAGUUAAAUCGAUGGUAAAGUGUCCUUUGCAAACUCUUAAAUAAUAUAGCAGAAUACGAAUGAUAGCAUGACAGAUUUUGUUUUCUUAAGGAUAAUCUUUCUUAAAUGUGCGUUAUUUUUAUAUUUCGAUGGUAAGGGGAUUUAAAAUCACAAAAGCCAAAGCAAUAGUUAAAAUAAGAAUUGCCAAUUUUUGUAUCAACUGCAUUAAGCGUUAUUUGUGUUUUAACUUGUUUAUAUAGGAUAUAAUAACACUGUUUACUUCUGUAGUGGUGUAAUAUAUUGAGUCAACAGUUAGUGGCAUGCUGUGUCUGUUGUGAAAUAUUGGUUGUGAACGCCUAUUUUACAGUAAUUUUUACAUCUGUUUAAAUGUUACCAGCAUUCAUAAACGCCACAUAUUGUCCUAAGUAAAGAAUUGAAAGCAAGACUAGAAGGUCUGUAUAUCAACCAGACUUUCAUUCACAUAAGCUUUUAAUAUAAUUUUUACAAAAUAAUAUAGCUGGUCCAGAUUGCUCUUAUAUUUUGUAGUGACAAUGAGAAGCAUAAAAUAGGAACAAACUAUAAUGUAAAAGUAGAAUAAAAAAAUAUUCUAUAAUAGAUUAGAGCAGUGCAAACCUCAUAUAGCUACAUGAAAAUUUAGAUCUCUUCAUAAGGGCUGUAAUAAUACUACUAGUAAAGUAAUUAUGUUUUGAAGACAGACUCUAGGUAGGUAACAUAUAUUAAAACAUAUUUUAUAAUUCCAAGUUGUGCUGAAUGAUUCACUGUUCAGCUCUAAAAUAUUUUAAAAUAAACCCCCUGCAGUUAUAUACAGCCCCUAAGUAAAAUUUCCAAGUCAUACCAUAUCCCACUUCUGAAAUAAAAACAAAUUAAAAAUGUAGUUAUAUCUAUUUGCUCACUCAGGUAUCUAAAUCAAAAUACUGAAAUAUAUAAUGAUGAUGAAGAUGAAUAAACCAUUUAAAUUAAAGCUUUCCAUCUCAAUGCAGGAGGGUCUCCAAUUGAAACCUCAUAUAUGAAACCUAUAGCUUAACAGAGCAAUCCUGGAAAAUGUUAUUAAAAGUAAACAAUAAAAUUCAAUAUACAGAAAUAACCAUCUGUUCAAAAAGUUGCUUUGCUUAUGAAGCAGACAAUACAUGAUAGUGUAAUAUGUUAGGAAUAGAAAAGCAUAAAUAUUGAUAAUAAGAAUAUACUGACGUGUCUGAGCAUAUCAUGUUCUUGAGUUUUAAAUCUGAUGUCCACCUUAAAGUAUUUACUUGCCACUGUAAGGCUUUAUCUGGUCACCUUACAGAUGGCUUAUAAUGAGAAACGGAUAUAGCUCAUAAACAAUUUAUGUGUAUUUAUUUAAAGCAAGAUCAUUUCAUGAAUCCACAUUGGUCAGAUUUUUUAAUCUUAAAGUAUUGUCUCUAAAUCUAAAAAACUGAUCCAUGGCAGGAAUAAUCAAAUGGUCUUAGCCUUUCAAUACACAUCAAGUUUUAUGAUGCAGUUUAUUUGCAUAAUUCAGUAGCAGUUUGACAUUCAUUUAUAACUGCAGACUCAACUAUUAUUUAAUAAGGUGGGCACACAAAUUGAUCUCCCCUUAAUUCUUUGAUUUAGAAGCCAUGGGCAAGUCUUAAAGUAUCAGCUAAUGGUAUGGUAUAUAUAUCAUAUAUUAUCAUGAAAAAUAUGAUUCCACAAUCUUACAUAUUCCACAGUGCUGGUCUGUGCGCCUUUUGUACGAUGUCUGGUCAUUCUGUCCAUCAUGGCCAUCAGUGGAAGCCAUCUUGGUGUCCUUGAGGAACAGUGCUGGUGCCUCAUUGGUUGACCUGUUUAAAAAUAGCCCUGGUGUCCAGAAGCUGCUGUCCAUGCAGGUCAAAUGUCCAGACAUCACAUUUUGCACUUUGAGAGAAUUCAUAGCGUCACUAACUAUAAAAGGAGAAACUCCAAGGUUAACCCCUUAGCUGUGGGUUAUACAGUCAUUAGUUUUGCCAGACACAAUCUUUAUUAAUGCAUUAGAGAUUCCCAAUUAAUACAUUUACCCAUUUUUAAGCAAUACAUUUUUUGUAAAGAUCACUUUUAUAUUAUAUGUUGUUUUUACUGUAACAUUAUUUUUUAGGCUUAAUAGGUUUCAUUUUCUCAGUUACAAAAAAAAUCAUUUUUGAACUUCAUAUUCCUACAGUUACAGUUUGUAAUAUUGUCAGACCAAUGUCUUUACUGUUUUUAAGUGUUUUCCAUCUGAGCUUAAAGCAGUAGGGAGUGUGAGCAAGCACAUAUUGAUUGUUGAAGGUCAUUCUCAGUUGAAAAGUGAAGUCUUUGCUAUCUGUAGACAAUUCUAUGUAGAAUGGUGUCUGAAAACAUUAAAUAGGAGGUCCUUAAUGGCCACAGUUAUUUGUUCAUACUUGAUAUGGCUGUUUAUUACAUAACUCGUAUUGUACUCAGAUGUAUAUUUUUUUAAAUGAUUGAUUGUGAUAGUAAACCUGGUGCCGAUUUUUAUAUGAGGUGGUCCCUUCAUUCCCUUAUGCUUCUGUUCAUAAUACAAAUCUUCCUUUACUAAAAAGUUGGUUAAAGCGCCAUUGUGGUCUAUAAAAUAUGAUAGAAAGCAUAAUUUCAAUCGUUAAAUAUAAGGUGAAUGCUGCAUAAAUUGAAAUAGCGUGUUUGUACACAACUGACGUGUCAGCUACUCAUUGGCUGAUAGCCAAUACAGCUUUGGGAGUUGUUGCUAAUGGGGGAAAAGCCUAAUAAAAAAAAUAUUUUCGGGUAAUUAAAAAAAAAUGAAUACAUUUUGAAAUAUGCUCUUGUAUAUGGAACAAAGAAGGAUUAGAUACAAUAUCCCUCUAGAUCAGACAUCCUCAAGCUUGGCCCUCCUGAGGUUUUGGAAUUACAUUUCCCAUGAUGCUCAGCCAGCUGAUAUGCCGGCUGAGCAUCAUGGGAAAUGUAGUUCCAAAACCUCUGGAGGGCCAAGUUUGAGGAUGUGUGCUCUAGAUCACUGGUUUUCAAACCUGUCCUCAGACCUCCCCAACAAGCCAGGUUUUCAGGAUUACCUUGGAUGAGAGCAAUUAAAAUGACCAUGUUUACUAAUCAGCUGAUUAUUUCACCUGUGCUCCAGUUCAGGUAUCCUUAAAAUGUGGCCUGUUAGGGAGGUCUGAGGACCGGUUUGUAAACCAGUGCUGUAGAUGAAUAUAUUGUGCUUAGGAUCAGGUGUACUUUAUCUUGCAAUAAAUCUAGGUUAGCAGAAAAAAUCAGGACUUUUGCAAUCAACAUGAAUAUCAUUUUCUUUACCGUAGCACGGCAGAUGGACUAGUAAGCACUGACCUGCACAGUUCAUGAUUUGUCCGAUUAUAAAAAGCUUGUAGAUGUCAGUUACUAACAGAGAGCAGAAUGUGUUUGAAUUUAUUAUAAAUAUUAUUCAGAACCUGUUGCAAGUCCUAAACAAUUUUCAUUUAAGGGUACAGUGUACUGUGAUUCCCCCCCCCCUCUCUUUUGAUGUGUUCCCAAAUGAUCAAUUUUGCCUGCUGGAGUAUAUUACAUUGAUUACAAUUAUCUCCUUUACCAUCUUUUAUGAUUUAAAAUAGUUGCUUUUGCCUUAUAAAACUGCCACUUAUACUGAAAAUAUACUGAAAAUGUAAUUACAAUAGUAAUGGUUAUAGAAAAGUUAUGUAAAAAAAUAGUGAUGCAGAGGAAAUCACACUCCCUGUGGGGUUGAGAGAGCUUGGCUGCAACUUCAAAGUUCCUGCUUCAUGAUAUAAAAAGGGGUGCAGGAGGCUAUUUGCAGCUUAAAGGGACAUAAAACCCAAUUUUUUUCUUUUGUGAUUCAGAUAGAGGCCUAUUUAUUUAAAGGUCUUGCGGACCUGAUCCGAAAGUGCGGAUCAGGUCCGCAAGACCUUGCUGAAUGCGGAGAGCAAUACGCUCUCCGUAUUCAGCAUUGCACCAGCAGCUCACAAGAUCUGCUGGUGCAACGCCGCCCCCUGCAGACUCGCGGCCAAUGGGCCACCAGCAGGGAGGUGUCAAUAAACCCGAUCGUACUCGAUCAGGUUGAAUUGUGGCGAGUCAGGGUUAUGGAGCAGCGGUCUUUAGACCGCUACUUCAUAACUGCUGUUUCUGGCGAGUCUGAAGACUCGCCAGAAACACGGGCCCACAAGCUCCAUACAGAGCUUGAUAAAUGGGCCUCAGAGAAUACAAUUUUAACAACUUUCCAAUUUACUUCUUUUAUUUAAUUUGCUUCCUUCUCUUGUUAUCCUUUGCUGAAAGGUUUAUCUAGGCAAGCUCAUGAGCAGCAGAGAACCUAGGUUCUAGCUGUUGAUUGGUGGCUGCAUAUAUAUAUAUCGAUUGUGAUUGGCUCACCCAUGAGUUCAGUUAGAAACCAUUAGUGCAUUGCUGCUACUUCAACAAAUGAUACCAAGAGAGUGAAACAAAGUAGAUAAUAGAAGUAAAUUAGAAAGUUGUUUAAAUUUGUAUUCUCUAUCUGAAUCAUGAAAGAAAACAAUUGGGUAUCAUGAACCUUUAAUCCUAAGGUAAGACUUUAAGAUGACUAAGAUAUAGACUGUCCCUUUUAAAUAUGCAUUUUGAAAAUGCAUAUUUAAAGGGACAGUCUACACCUUAAUCAUCUUGUGCUCUCUAAAUAUUGGUCUUUGUGUAUACAGUGAGAAAUAAAAAGUGUAGGAUUUUGUGAAUAUGUAUAGAGAUAACAUAGCAAGGAAUGUUCUCCCUGCAUACUCAGACCACUUGGUUGGGUUGCGGCUUCAAUUAUCAAAAGCAUAUAUUUAAUAUGCAUAAAUAAAUCUAAAGGAGCAAUUUCCCAUACAUUUUUAACUGCAGCUUGUAUAACAAGUCCCUGGAAACACAUUAAUGGAAAACCAUUUUUACAGUGCACUGUCCCUUUAACUAUGAUAGCUUACACAUGUAAGAACUCCUAUUCCAUCAGAUAGUAUUAGUCUAUGGAAUCGUUUAACACAGAGGGUUCACAAGGGGUAGAGAAAGAGAAGGAAGAAAUGUAAAACAGUUUAAGCUUAGAAGGAUGUAGAAAUUGAAGACAAGAUAGAGUAAGAUCCCAAUUAUCAAAAAUAUUAAAUCACUGAUUUACAAAACAAAAGCAAAUAGGUUGAAACUUAACUAGUUAUGAUGUUUUAAGUUUCAACUUGACUAAUCAAUCUGUUCUUAAAAGGACGAUUUUGCUUUAGUGUAAAAAAAUAAAAUAAAAUAAUGUUCUUUGUCCCAAUCUGUUUGUUGGCCCCUCUAGGGACUAUGAGACAAAUAUAUUCCAUAUAUUGCAAAUUGCAGGUUACAGAAUUAGCUUUUUGGACACUUAGGGAGCGUGGGACAAGCACAGCGUUUACACAACAGGUGUUUAAUGUACUUUUAAAUGGUAUUGUCCUCAAAAUGUAUGAAUGUGUUGCACAGAUGGAGUAACAUAGGGGCACUGUUAACCAUGAUCCAUAUGACAGAACAGCAUUCUUUUUUUUUUUUUUUUGCCUGAAAAAAUGAAAAAGCCCUCAGAAUGUAAUUCAAUAGAACAGUGUCAGUUGCUUAUUUCCUGUUAUUGCUCACUGGCAGAUACACACUAAUAAACAGAGGGAUAAUUAUUAAUAUUGUAUAUCCAUCGAACUAUUUCAUUGGAUUGUAUUGAUCCUGGAGUUUGCAAGAUGCAGAUUAGUGGCUCUUGUAGUUGUUUGGGUCAUUAUAUCCAUUCCCAUUGGUCAACUCUAAAAUGGUCAAAGCAUUUUAAUUAAUUCCCACCUUUAGUAGCUCCUUUUAUAAAAUGUUGUGUAUCUGCAAAAUUAGUAAUGCAUUCAUCAUAUGCUUCAUAUUUCCAUGAUUUAUUUAAAGGGAUAUGAGUGUGUGUAUAUAUGUAUGUGUAUAUAUAUAUAUAUAUAUAUAUAUAUAUAUAUAUAUAUAUAUAUACACACACACAAACACUGUAAUUAAAAUAAUAUUUGCAGAUUAAAAUUUUGUAAGUGGAAAUGUUACAAUUGAAUAAAAGAACGAUUUAAGUAAAACUGAGCUUUUAGACACUGUGUUCCCAAUGGUCCAUUAGCAGGCAGGAACGUGCCACCACAAUAAUAAAAACUAUACUAUAUCAUUAGAAAACAAAACAAAAAUAGUAAAAUAUUUUGAAGUAGCCUCAUUUGGAUGCAACAAAGAUAAUUACAAUAAUGUCCUAAUCAGGUGAGUCCAUGAUCUGGCGCCAUUCCUCUAAACUGGCAAUGCACUGAACUAGAUGCAGCACUGCAUUUAUCCCCCCCCUGCAAAAUAUGAUUCCACAAUCUUAUGAGUGCCAGAGCGCACCUUUCAUGCACUGAAAGAAUCCAUAGUAUAACUGGAUAUGAAAGGAGGGACCUCUAAGGUUAACCCUUUGCCUGCCAAAAGAGGGUCGCAAUGCAUUGCAAGACAAGGAGUUUAUACAAUCCUUUGUUUUGAAGCACACAGUCUUCAUGAAUGUAUGACAGCAAUGUAAUUUUUUUUUCCCUCUUUAUAUUGUGAACAAGCUUUAUUAGCAUGCUGUGAAACAUUUACAAUAGAUAUUCAUUGAUCAGUAUUAGCAAAUGCAGUGAUUAGGUUCAUUCUCUUUGGUACUUCUUUCUUCUGAUAUAAGCUUCAGCCCUCUCUCUUUACAACUGAUGUGUGUAUUUUUUUUCUUUCAUAUAGAAUUGUAGGACAAUGUGAUACACACACAUUAGUUUGCAAGACAGUAUAUUUCAGCAGAAUUGUUCAGGAAAGCAUUAUGGGUUGUAUUACCUCUUUGCACACAAAGUUACUUUAUUGUAGCUUUAUACAAAAAACAAACAAAUUGAAGAUAAAGUUACAGGAAUUAUUUUUAUUGUAGUUCUUAAAUCAACGGACUAAAUUGUCUAUAGUCUGGUCAGUGUAAAUCAGCUCACAUAAAGCAGAGACUUGCAUAACGUAACAUAGAUGCAUAUCAUUUUAAUAUCAAUAUCAUUUGUCUGUUACCAACUCCUUGAAAAUCAAGCAACAAACAGUGAAAUUUCUUAAAGGGCCAGUCAACAUUCAAAAUAAUGUUACAUCAUUCGGCACUAUGUGCAGCAUUAUGUAAUAUUAACCUAGAGACACCUGCAAAAGAAUAAAGGAUUUAAAAGAUUUAACCCCACAAACGGCACUUACCUUCCUCACCAGUCUCUUCUGGUUUCUUCAACAGAGCGUCAUGGUCGCGUUGUCUGAUCACAGUGAAAUCGGUCGUCCUGUUGAACUACAUGUAGCCUGCUCCUGCGCUGGUUAAAGCAGCCAACGGCUUUACCCAGCGUGGGAGUGCGAUACAUAUAAUUCAACAGGAUGACCUGCUAUGCUGUGAUUAGACAUAGAAGCAGAAUUAUGUAACAUUGAUUUAAACGUUCACUGACCCUUUAACCUUAGAGUUCCAUUGCCUCUUGAUCUGUGCUUUAUAAGAACUGCUACUCAUAGCUGAGGGAUUUAACUAUUUUUUCACAUAAAUAAAACAAUUUGAUUGGAAGCUACUUAAUCAUAUACAUGAUUUUAGGGAGCACUAUUAGCAUAAAAUUAAGUUGUUUUGAGGAUAAUUUAAACAGAAAUUCUUAAUAGCAUAUUAAUGGGCAUGCUAAUAAUGAAUCAAUUUUACUGAGACACAUCCAGUCCAGUUAUGUACUGUAAUGCUGCCUUCACAAUUAGUACAUCAUUUUAUUUUGCAUAUUUAAGUAUUAAACCUACCUCUAUUUAGCACGCUGUCUACCCACCUUGUUUUAUACAUGCAAGGUAUAAAGGGUGGGCUAAAUCACAAAAACUCCCACACUCCAGGAAUCCUAAAAACAAGAUUGUUGGAUAGUCUCCACUCUCCUAUGAUGUUUUUAAAGAUGAAAAUAAAGUCUUGUGUUUAGGUUUCCUGGAGUGCAGGAUUUUUUGUGUUUUGUAUUGGUGACAAGGUUCAGUCACCUCUUGGCUGGCAGCAGUUGUUUGUGAUAAAGGAUGAGCUAGCCUGUCAGAUGCUGUGCUGCCGGAGCCACUUCUGUGCUUGGCAGUAUGCACCCAGCUGCUUCUCCCCAUGGAUAAAGCCCAUACAAAGAGCAACUUCAGCCUCUCUCAUCCCUGUGGCCAGGGUCAGAUUUACAAUAAGGCAGAGUAGGCAUGUGCUUAUAGGCGCCCUCCAUAGAGGGGCUCCUGUCUCUGCCUAUUAGAAAUACUGGUCAGCCAACAACCUUAACUAAGAUGGCCACCAACAGUAAAAUAACAACAUUGCGCACGCAUGGCAGCCAUCUCUCAUAAUGUUGCAGCGAGCAUUAUGCAUGCGCAGCAUCCGGUUUUCCCAUGCAUGCGCAAUGCUUGCAGAAACCUUGACAAAGAUGGACAUGUGUUAUUUCUCUGCUGACAGCCAUCUUAGUUAAGGUCGCCAGCACUUCAGAUUAAGCACCCUGGAGCUAAUAAUUAGAAAUACACCUAUAUAGUUUCUGGCCUUCUUCGUGUUGGAAAUAAAAUAGCCAUAUGAGGGAUGUUGGAGCGCAAAUAAAAAUGGCAAAAUAGAAUAAAUAUAGUAUAAAUAGAGGCGUAAUAAGCUAUUUUUUGGGGGGUGGGCAUAUUUGAAGAAAGAAAUCAUUCAGCUCAAUGCACAGUUUUCAUGCCCUUUUACAACAGAUUAGGCAAUUAGUACAACCAUAUUGUUCUCUAAAAUUAACCAAAUUGGCUUUAUUUUGGCGAUUGAGUCCCCACAGCUGCAUGUCCCCAUUAUAUCUGUGAAAGAACAGUAGGUGGAAUAUUACUGUUGCCUUUUCAGAAUGUAAGUGUAUAGGAAGAAUCAAUGUAACACAAAUGCCUUAUUUUUGUUGUGUAUGUUGACAUGGUAAUAUUGGUAGCAAAUCUAUAUUUGGACUUGGUUAUUAAGUCCCCUAUACACUCUUGUGACAAUGACAAUUUGUGACUUGUUUGGCGUAUUUGAAAUUUUCAGUAAAUGUCAUCUCGCUUGUCUCUUGUGGAAAUAGGAUACUAAUCGUGUUCUUUUUAAUUGCUGUUUUCAACGAGGAUUAAUGAAAUUUGUUGAAGAAACAGUUACUAUAAUUUAUGUAGGUUUUAAAGAUGUCUGUGAACCAAUAAACUAUUUCAGAUAUUUUAAAUUACCAGAUGCUGAUUUUGUUUAUUAAGAUCUUCUAAGAAAGAUGUAAUCUCCACUUGUGCAAUUCGCUUUUACAACAGUUCUCAUAGAAUGGAAGUAAUGUCCAAUACGUACGUGACUCCCGACAUGUCUCUUGCCUUUAUAACUAUAUACUUUUGCUUGGCGUUCUGAAGAGACCAGUUCUCUCUGAAUCAAGUCCAGAUCUUUUGAGGAAUGCAAGAGGUUUAAUAUGAAAACUGGCUUUUUUUUUCUUUUCAAUUCAUUAAAGGGACACUGAACCCAAAUUUUUUUUAUCUUGAUUCAGAUAGCGCAUGCAAUUUUAAGCAACUUUUUAAUUUACUCCUAUUAUCAAAUUCUUUUCAUUCUCUUGGUAUUUUUAUUUGAAAUGCAAGAAUGUAAGUUUAGAUGCCGGCCCAUUGUUGGUGAACACACUGUGUUGUUCUUGCUGAUUGGUGGGUAAAUUCACCUACCAAUAACCUAGUGCUUUCCAUGGUUCUGAACCCAAAAAAAUAGCUUAAAUGCCUUCUUUUCAAAUAAAGGAAGCAAGAGAACGAAGAAAAAUUGAUAAUAGGAGUAAAUAAGAAAGUUGUUUAAAAUUGCAUGCUCUAUCUGAAUCACGAAAGAAAACAUUUGGGUUCAGUGUCCCUUUAAGCUAAGAUAUAUUAAAAGGGACAAGUACCCCAUUUUUUCAUGAAUCAAAGUGCACUUGUUUAAAUAACUUUCCAGUUUACUUUUAUCAAAUUUACAUCAUUCUCUUGGUAUCCUUUGUUGGAAAAGCAGGGACAUAAGGAACGUGCACAUUGUUGGAGCACAAUAUCAGUUUUGCAAGAAAGCUUUAUACAAUGUUACACUCUUUUGAACACUUCUGGGUAGAUUUAGCAAUGGCCGAAUGGCCCUUGUUUCCGCUACUCCAUAACUUGUCCACUGCAGUCUUCAAUCCGCACAAUCCUAUAUGAUCGGGCUCAUUGAUACCCCCUGCUAGCGGCCACGAAUCUGCAGGGGGCGGCAUUGCACAAGCAGUUCUGGUGAACUGCUUGUGUAAUGAUAAAUGCAGACAGUGUAUGCUGUCGGCAUUCAGCGAUGUCUGUCGGACAUGAUACAGACAUUGGUAAAUCUACCCCCUUAAUGUUAUCAGUGUUAACAUAAGGAAUACAACUUAUGCCAUUUAGUGCUCAAGAUGUGUAUGAUUUUGAGAUAACCUAAAUAUUCUCCUCUACAAAGAGAGCAAAGUAAAUUUGAUAAAAGAAAUAAAAUGUGUCUGAAUCAUGAAAAAAAAAAAUUGUUUUAUGUCCCUUUUAGUGUAGUAUUUAACCGCUUGUCUGCCAGAGAGAGCUUGCAACCAAGGGGUUAAGCGUUUAGAAACGGUGGUGAUGAUAUCCAUCUUAUUCUCAAUCUGGUUAAUGAUUACUGCACAGUGUUUUUCCAUCUUUUAGCUUGAGAUUACUAUGGGUGCAGAGAAUAGGUUAUUUAUUGUGAUUGCCUAUAUGUGGAGUUUUAGCUAUUAACCCUUUAAGGACACAGCAUCAGUUUGCUCAAUUGUUCCAUGACAGAAUAUUUCUGUCAUUAAGUGGUUAAAAUAAAUAGAAUAAUGAUAGUAAUUUCUGUGCUAGCAAAACUGCAAAUCAUAUGGAAAUAUUUUAGCUUUUUCAUGGUAUCUUGCUGUUUUGUUUCUUAAAACAAAUGUUUAUGACAGGUCUAUUUUUUAUUCUACAUACAAUAGAAAUGAACCCAUACAAUGCUUGAGAGGACAGUAGCACAUGACCCUUUAUAACACUGUCACAUUCUCAGGCAGGAAAUGGGUUAAUAAUGUGGUAGCAAUUUCUAAUACGUAUCAAACAGAUUUUCCAUAACGUGUAGUGAGGGCUGAGGAUAUGCAGUAUAAGUAUCAGAGAUGCCUGUGUGUGUAAUAACAAAUUAAAAGCAAUUCAAAAUUCUGCACUUUCUAGAAGGUUUUGAAGAAUAUAUUUAUACUGUAGGUACGGAGAUAAGGGGUUUGUAAAUCUGUUUCACAUUUAUACUUGCUGAUAUUACUUUUGUUGUUACUAGUAUAGAUUUUUUUUUGUUCCAAUAAAAUGAAUAAAAACGUA